GAAAGUGUAUUCGACUGUCCCUCGGCUCUCCAGAAAGGCUCUCUGGCAUUUAUUCCGUACUGUGUCGCCGCUUGGGCCAUGUGAAGCAAACAAACUCCGCCCCUCCUUUGCGCAAACUGAACCAAACAGCCGAAUGGCAGAGUCCCUCCAUGCGCCAACCGCAUAACUCAUCACCAACAACUGGCGUCGGUAAGUACGUAGUAGAUCGUAGGGCACACCAAGUGCGAACCCCUUUGUCAAGGGCCAGUGUCGGCAGCCAAAAGGGUUCAUCGGGGUGGGCCCUCCGUCAUGGAAGCAACCGUGUAAUCCUCAUGACCUCUUGCAUAUGUUGAUUGGGGUUCUUGGUCUUGUGCACCUGUCGCAGUUGGUCGUUUCACAGAAAUGGCCAAGGUGGUGGCGUUGCCGCAACCUAGGGGGACAUGAUUCCCGCCGUAAUAAAGCGUACCGAAUCUCAGGUCGUCCAUUUCCCUUGCCACCGAGUCUUUAUCCUUCGCCCUAGGACCGUUCGACACGAUGGAAGACGACGAUACCCGCUCUUUCUCGCUCAUCUCGACCGUGGGGAUAGAGUCCGCAUACACGGCGACAGAUCAAGAUACGGACGACUCGAGCUGCUCCACUUCGCUACCUCCAAGCAUUCAUGGCUUUGAGUACGAGUGUGGUCGACGGUAUCACAGCUACAUGAGCGGGCGGUACCCCCUCCCCAACGAUAACGGAGAACAGCUUCGUGAGGAAACUGAACAUGCUCUGUUUCUCCAUCUACUUAGUGGUAAACUCUUCUUGUCGGAGAUCGGUGACUCUCCGCGAAAGAUCAUCGACAUCGGCACGGGAACCGGAACAUGGGCCAUAGACGUGGCCGACCUAUAUCCAUGUGCGAGUGUUGUCGGAACUGAUCUGUCGCCCAUUCAGCCCGAAUCGAUGCCGUUGAACGCCCAGAUGUUUAUUGAAGACUGCGAGGACCCAGAAUGGACACAUGGAAACAACUUUGACCUGGUCCACCUCAGGGGGGUCGCUGGCUUCUUACUCGACCUCGAUGCCGUGGUCGAUAAUGCCCACGAACACCUCAGAUCUGGAGGGUGGAUCGAGUUUCAAGAGUUCGACCAUUCGGUGCUCUGCGACGACAACACCAUGAAGGAAGAUGAUCCUUUGCGCAUCUUCUUUGACACCUGUACCGAGGGCAUGCGCAAGUAUGGCUGUGUCGGCUUUGGUAAGCACGAUAUAAAGCAGUCCCUCAAGCGUGCAGGCUUCAGGCGCAUCCAGAUGGUGACCAAAAGAGUUCCUCUCUCGUCAUGGCCAGGGGAGAAGAAGCCGAGGACUGUAGGAACGCUGAUGCAGGCCAAUAUCUCGGAAUGUCUCGAAGCAUUUGCGGUCAAGCCAUUGGUUGCCCUGGGAAUGACACCAGAGCAGAGACACGAAAUGGUGAGCCGUGCUCGCGAGAGUCUCCUGGACAGUUCAAUUCGUCGGUAUGUGAACUGCUAUUUCUACAUGGGUCAGAAGGUCCAGCGCAGUCGUGUUUCGAUCUGA